CCAGGUCCAGCAAGACUAUGAAUCUCUGUUCCAAAUGCUUUGCUGAUUUUCAAAAGAAACAACCAGACGAUGAUUCCGCUCCAAGUACAAGUAACAGCCAAUCAGAUUUGUUUUCUGAAGAGACCACCAGUGACAACGAUAAUACCUCGAUAACCACGCCAACUCUUAGUCCCAGCCAGCAGCCGCUUCCGACAGAACUGAAUGUAAAUUCACCGAGUAAAGAGGAAUGUGGGCCAUGCACAGACACAGCUCAUGUCUCGUUAAUCACACCAACCAAAAGAUCCUGUGGUACAGAUUCACAGUCUGAGAAUGAGGCUUCACCAGUGAAACGGCCACGACUACUGGACAGUACUGAACGGUCUGAGGAAACCAGCCGAUCUAAACAGAAGAGCCGACGCCGGUGCUUCCAGUGCCAAACCAAACUGGAGCUGGUACAGCAAGAAUUGGGAUCCUGUCGCUGUGGUUACGUGUUCUGUAUGUUACAUCGCCUCCCCGAGCAGCAUGACUGCACGUUCGACCACAUGGGCCGUGGCCGAGAGGAAGCCAUCAUGAAAAUGGUGAAACUGGACCGGAAAGUGGGGCGCUCCUGCCAGCGCAUCGGGGAGGGGUGCUCCUGAAGGCCAAGCAUGGCCACCACAUGACGCUGUUCUUAGUUCACUAAUGUUAGCCUUAUUUAGGACAAAGUCAGCCAGACACCUUGUACUGGGCACGCGUCAGACUACAGCCAGUCCGUUUCCUUUCUUUAGCCAGCCAUCCUGGUACUGUAGUUUAGGGGUUGAUGGUGGUUGAAAUUGAUUUCUGGCUGGUUACUAAGGUGCCUGCUAGCCAUUGUAUAAAAUUAAAACAUGAACAAUAUUUUUUUUUGAGCAUGGCUAGUGGAUUUAAAACAACACAUACCUGUCACUGCUGGAGUCAAACUUAUAAAAAGCCUUAAGCGGAAAGUGUUCCAGAUGGAGACUCUGAGUUUAGAGGAGUAGAAACUGGUGUUACAGUUCCACGACGCACAUGGCUUUGCCAGAAACUCUGUUUAAUGUUUGGCCUUUCACCUCUUCACUUACCCUUAGUCCCAGGAGCCAGGAUACCUGAUGGCCACGCGUGCCUUGGCCAUGGGAGGCUGCUGAUGGCCAUGUGGCUGGGCUGGGUGGUGGCCUCGCUCUCCCACACAGCUGGAAAUGGGGGGCAGGGGACAGAUUCUUAUGGAAAUUUUUUUACCUGACUUGCUAUGAAAAAAACUCAUCACACAGAAGAGAAACAAUAACCUCACCUCGAAAAUUAGCUCCACUCAAGACUAGUUCAUGCACGAAACCCACCUUUUCUACACAGGAUCCGCAGUCAUGAGCAGCACCCAGCCAGAGUGUACCCUGACCCCAGUGGCUCUGGUUGCCAUUGCUAACCGCAGGGAUCUGGCAGUUGAUCUAAGGCCCGUGGCAGCACAGCACUGUGGCUGGGGUCUACAAACUGGCUUCUGCAGCCAGAUUUCAUAUUGGGAGUUUUUAAAAAAGACAUUUCAUAGCCACCAGGAAUCAAUCAGUAGUAGUGCUGGGGAGCAGCUGGGGAUGCUGCUGCCACAGCCUCGGUCCCUUCCACCCAGAGCCCACUUGCCCUUCUGGGGCUAAGAGGAUGGUGCCGUGGCCCCCGCUCCUUCCCGUGCGGUCCGUAGUUGGAGGACAGCCAUCCGCCUCUGCCACGUGGCAGGCUUGGGAAGGGGAGGCAGCCUGCCUCACCAGAGUGUGGGUUGGCCCCUCUAGAGCAGUGGCUGUGGCUGUGGCAGGAGGUGGGGAGGGUAGGUCUCCCACCCAUUCCUCUGUGUGGGCAGAGAGGUUCAGUAGCCACAGUUGCUCAGCCAGUGGGGAAGAGGGGUGGUGGGCCUGGUUGCCUUGUUAGGAAAUCGUUACCAGUCAGCGGAGGGUCUGGCUGGGGAGUCAGGACUAGGAUUCCCUUGGAGGCCCCAAUCAGGUGGUGGUUGUGCCAGUGCCCCCCCCCCCUUGUGGUCCCAGUCAGAGGGCAGGAGGCUUCUGGCGAGGCACCGUGGUCUGCCCACACACAGGCUACUGAUGGAACAGUUUAACCCAGCAGUUUUCUUGUAUCCCACACCACACAGUUCAACUACUCUGUCUGCAAUUUGUCAGCGGAACACCUGCAGCUGCAAAUGUUUUUCAAUCCAAAAUAAUGAAAUAGGAAAUCAUGCUCUUCCCAAUCUCCUGCCCCCACCCCACCUCCACCCCCACCCCCACCCGAGUGGAAUCCGCUGCAGAAUCUCCAGCCUUAAUUAUUGCUUCAGGACCCAGACCGGUGUCUUGCUCUAGGGCAGCCCAGGGCAGAGGGGCCAGGUCUGCCCAGCGUUUACCACUGUUGUCAAGCCACGGCCCUCUGGCCACUACAUGGCCAUCCUCAGUGAGGCGCCCGCCUAGGCCCCCCGCCAAGCUCUAUCCGGAAGAGGCCGCAGGUGUGUGCCCUUCCUGGCCCUCCUCAGGCCCCAGCAGCUGCUGCUUGGAGGCAGCAGUGGGAAGGAGGUGCUCUGGGUGCCACGGCACACAGGGCCCACGGCCCACGUUCACUUCCUGACAGUAGAGCCGGGUGGGGGAGGAAGGGCUUGUUCCCCUGCAGUAUCUGUUCUGUGAAGUUUGUUAAAUGUAAGGAAAGCUUAAAUUCUUGUAUCUUUAAAGAGAAAAUCUUAUUUAACCCUUUUGUGUUCUAGAUUUACUUACACACAUAGCCUAGAGCUCAGUUUUAGUUUUAACAUUGUGAAACUAUUAAAAGAAUCUUGUAACUUUAUUCUUUUUUUCUCCUGCUGAAAAAAAUUAAACGAAUCAUAUGAAA